UGACCUUGAAGAGACAUGGUUUAAAACUCAUGGUUUAAUGCAGCUUCAAAAGUGAAGUUAAUUGAAACCAUUCGGAUUGAUUGUUUAUUAUCUCUCCGAUUAAAUUCAUACAUUAGUAUUAAUAUGGCUUUACAAAGUGUAGCUUAAGUGUUUAGAAUCCUACUUGGGGCGUGUGUGUAUGCACGCAGAAGAAUGGUUGAAUGGUUCCUAUAUACCAUCAAGAGGAACAGCGGAUUACCUCUCUGUCGGCUGUGGAGCUAUUGUGACGGUAGGGCACUUUAGGAAAGUUUUAUGCUUUAAGUUGUUUCUCUUGCAAAUGAGCAGCUCGUUGGUGAAGGUGCAGAUGUUCUGUAAUGAGGGUCAUUAGGAGCGGGAAUAAGAAUGGAGGCCACUGGCAGGACUCCGUGCGCCUCAUUAUGCACACAUUUAAAAGGUCGAUGGGGGUGCGAAUGGGCUGCUUAAAGGGUCCCAAACAAAACCAGGGGGAGGAGAGUCAGAAGAAGCCAGAAUUCAAAUUCCACUGAAGAAACUGAGCUUAUUGUCAGAGCAGGAGGAUUUACCUUCUCAUUUGAACCGUGGAGAAGCAGCGAGAAGGAGCGCAAAUAAGUGGAUACUUGAAAUGGCCUCGGUUACGCGCACACGGGUUUUACUGCUGGUUCUUGCAUUCAUGGUGACUGUUAUUGGAGUACAGUGCCGAUCGCUUCGUACGCAGCUUCGCAAGGUGACGUCCUUCCACGGAGAGCGUAAAAUACGUAUCGGACACGUCCCGAGACGGAGCCGCCGCGAACCGGGCACCGAGCAGGACCAGUGCGGCGUCCUGAGCGCACCGUGGACGGAGAGCAGUGGUCCACUGGAGGACUGGAGCCAGAUGUACCAUCUGAAGAUACUGUCGACGAUCAAUGACGGUCCGCGUCGAGCCGUUUUCCCAGAACAGCCUCUUUUCAGAUUUGUUAGACGCGUUUAUCGCUGUUGUCAAGCUGGGUACCACUGUGGAAGUGUUAAAGGAAUACAGGGAGGAAAAGUUGGCAACAACAUCGAGUUUCUCUUGGGCAAGGAUGUCCUGUCAGCGCCACUUCAGAAAGCAGAAGUUCAUUUCCAUUUUUCAAACCCCCAACACUUGAACAUCCAACCCGUCCUGCCAUCCCUGGAGAAACGCGGGUUCUCUACGAGGUACAGUGUCUGGUUGAAAGACGGUGUCGUGGAGCUGCGAGUGGAUCUUCUGACCCUCUUCCAGGCCCUUCAGCUACUCCUUGGAGGAGCCGGUCGAGGGCCGAGCAUCAUGGAAAUGCAUCGGGUGAGGGGCCUGACCAGACCAGGGGUCGUUGUCCAAAAGCAAAGCCCCCCGUCUCUUUAUGACACAGUGUGGGGGAAGGUGGACGAAGCCCCCCUGCAGCCCACUUUACAGCUAGGACUGGCAUUGCACUGCAGUCUAGCGGAAGAAAUCAAUAUCGCCUGUGAAAAUCAUGGUGUACAUCUAAAACACACACCAUUCAUUGCUCUGACCUACAGAUAGCAAGUCUUUUUAGCUUUUUAGAGAUAGCUUUUGUGUCAAGCUACAUGCGCUCCCCCCUUCAUGAGUUCUUUGUGGCCAUAAAAUCUCGGUCCAUUCAGUCCACUAACACCUGGUGUGAAUGUUCCCUGGAUGGUAUUUUUUUUUUCAAGAAUUGCUAAUGAUCGCCAUUGUUUUCAGACAAUGGCGCUUCAGUUCUAGAAGCUUACUGUGAUUCAGAGAGGCCUACAUUAUAUUGGAACACUAUGCACUUCGCCAUGUAAAUUGAAUCUAUUUAUGGCUGUUAUUUGUGAGAUAAAUGUAAAUAGUGUAUAAUUACAGUUCUAUAUAUUAAAACUUUUC